CUGAAGAUUUGUUUUUAUUUUCAUUCAAGUUUUGUUUGCUUACAUUUACUAUAAUAAGAAAUGGGUUCGGCGUUUGAUGAAUGGAAAAAUUUAUUCUCGGAUAGUGCGGAGACGAUUUGGUUGAAUGAGAUCAAGGAAUUAAGGAAUUUUGCUGUGAUUAUUCACGUUUUAGGCACAGAGAUGACCAAGAUACAAAGAAUGGCCAAUAAUAAAUUGAAAACGUACAGGGAACAGUUAAUGGAUAUACCUAAAACUUUGACUCCAGCAUUGAAAAAGAACAAAGAAACACCACUCUCCACUAUAAGCAGAUCACAUUUAGCAAAGCAAUCCUAUAUAAGUCCAGACAUAUUUAAUUUGGAUUCUCCACUAAGUGCCACAAUUGAUUCUAAACUGAAUGAGCAAGUAACUGAGAUAGCUACAGAUGAUGAUGAUGUGAUUAUUCAAACACAAAAGCCUCAAAGUCCAAAGAUAAGUUGUAAAAGCAGAAAGUAUUUCCAAAUGAAGAGAAACCAGAGAAGCCAAACUAAACCUAAAACACCAGUAAAGCAGAAAUUAUUUGUCGAUGAAAUUAUUGAGAACACACCUGUGAAUGUAUCAAGGGCAAGAAAUAAGUCACAGUUCAAGAAGAAAUGUGCAAAUACUUUUAAUAAUACUGUAACACAUAAAUUGGAGAAAACAAAGGAAAUACCUAUUGAAGAUGAUUCUGAGGCAACUGUAUAUGGUAAUUUUGAUGACAAAUCAAUGAGAGUUGAUGAUAUUAUUGCAAUGGUGCAAAAUGCUAAUGUGAACAGUAGCACUUCAAAGGCUCAUUUGGAAAAUGUGCAGGAAACAAAACCUAAACAAAAAUCUCCCAUCAAUUGUAAAACCUGUGAGCAUCCAAGAAGGUAUUGUGCAAAACACGACAGUCAAAAUCACACUUUGGCGGAAAAUACGUUUACGGGACUUUGGGAUAUGGAUUUUACUGCUAAAACUCAUGGGAUUACGACAGACAAGUCAACGAUGUAUUUUUGAAUGCUGGACUCAUUUAUGUAUAAAAUUAAGUCUCUUGUAUAAAAUUGUAAGGGCUGUUAUAUUCCUACGUUUACUUAAAAAAAUGUCGGUUUUUUUUUUAAUAAAAGAUUUUUGUAAAUAUCACAUUGUAUAGUCAUAUAUUUAAAUUUCUCUUAAGUUCAGAUAAUUAUUGUGCCUUGAAUACAUAUCUUGUUAUUUGAUCAAAAAUAUAUAUUUAUAAAAACGUGUACAUGAUAAUAAAGAUAAAAUAUUUGUUUAAAU